AUGACUGGACGCGGCAAGGGCGGCAAGGGUCUCGGCAAGGGCGGUGCCAAGCGUCACCGAAAGAUUCUUCGUGACAACAUCCAGGGUAUCACCAAGCCCGCUAUCCGACGUCUCGCUCGUCGUGGUGGUGUCAAGCGUAUUUCCGCUAUGAUCUACGAAGAAACCCGUACUGUUCUCAAGACUUUCCUCGAGGGUGUCAUCCGCGACGCCGUCACCUACACUGAGCACGCCAAGCGCAAGACCGUCACUUCUCUCGACGUUGUCUAUGCUCUGAAGCGACAGGGUCGCACCCUGUACGGUUUCGGUGGUUAA